GGGUAGGAAUCCCUCUCUCUGUGCUGAGGGGAGUGGGGAGGGUUCCGUGCAGGAGCCUGUCCUGUUGGCAGGGCUGGUGGGCUCGUGCCACUGUGUGCUGGCCACUGCAGCACCACCCUCUCUGUGGGACAAAUAACUGGUGUAAAGGACACUGGGGAGGUGGUUUAUAAGGCUCUGGGCCUUUUGGGCAUAGCCAGUGGAAUUGGUUUUAUUGCUGGUGUUUUCAGAAUUGGCAUGGGGAAGAUGAGGCACUGUCCUGAAGGGAGGAGUUGCUGCUGUAAUGGGCGUUGAUUUAAUUUAAGGCUCCCUUGUUAACACUUCUGAUUUGGAAAGGGGCUUCAUUCCCUUCAGAUGUGACUUUAGGAAGCUUUGUUUGCACACCGUGUUUCAGACCAAGCUGAUUUCUAAAGUGCUUUCUGGGAGCUUGGCAGGUCCUUCCCAUAGCCUGUCCUGUUUCUGCAUGUCCAGCUGUAACUUCCUUGGGCAUUUGCCGCAGGGAAAACUCUGUUUUGCUGGGAAGUUGCAGGAUUCUGGAUGAACACAGCAGAAGCAGUAGAUUGGGAAGCUGUGGUGGAGGUUAUGUGGAAUGGUAGGGAUGUUGUGGCUGAGACCUGCUUGAGAAAACUGCUCUGGGUUUGGCAAAUCUCCAGCUCAUUUACCUGCCCUGUACCUGGCAUAUCCUACCUGCCCUCCCCUUCCCUGUGCCCUGGGGUGGUGAGUGUGGCUUCCUUGUAUGUGUGAGGUGUGGCAGCACUGGUUAAAUGUUGGUGGAGGGUGAAAGCAAGUCCUGGUGCUGACAGUUUGCUGUUGUCAGAUCCUGCUCCUGCUGCAGCUCUCCCUGAACCAGCCCGGUCUGCAGAGCUGCCGAGGUGGCACUGCAGGGGUGGGACACAAAGCUGUGAGAGCAGGGCCUGCCUGAGCUCAGUCCUGCUCCAGGGUGAUGGCUUAAGGGAAGAAAAGCCCUGUGUGUAGCUCCAAGUCUUGCUGUUUUCCUUAAAAAUGUGAGGGGUUGUGAAAUGGGGGCUGUGGUUCCUCUGACCUGGGGUAACAGCACUGAGAGGGAGAGAAGUGAGCCUUGGAGAGGAUUUCCUCAUUCCUCCCUCCUGUUCCACCCUGUUUGUUUUCUUAGGCAGUAGGUUAGUGUGGAAUACAAAAAAUCAGUGUGUGUGACCCUUGUGACAGGUGAACCAUGGGGUCUGUGCCCUCCAGGUGUGCAGGCCCUCUGGAAUACCUGAGCCUGAUGCAGCCACAGGCUGGGGCAGAUCCCCCCUCCAGGGCAUGCUCAGGGAUCCACCCCAAUGCCUCUUCCUCCCUGUGCAAACACAGGGAACAGGCAGCAGCCAGGGAUCAAGUCACCCAUUCAGACAGAAAUACCUGCUGAAGGGCUGGGCUUGUACAAGGCUAAACCUAUUUAAAGAAUUUACAAUAAUAGAACCUUGUAUGUGGGGGUUUUUUCCCUUCAGGUAUGGAGCCAGCUUUGUUAAAACCAGCACCUGCUUCAGCCCCACAUCUGUCAAUCGUCUCUUAGGAGCCUGUGCAAACCAAACAGAGAUUUGCAGCUUGAAAUGUUACACUCCCAUUAACCUGUUGCUGCCCUGGAUGUUGUUUUUACUCCAAGACACAGGCUCCCACUUUUCUAUGUGCCUUCCUGAACCUCCCUGCCAUGGAGAUGUCUCACGAGCACCACAGGAACAGCUCCAUGUUGGCAGCCACUCAUCCUCCUGAGCACCUCCACUCCACAGCCCCCUCGGGACACGGCCACGGAUCUGACAUGAUGGCAAUGGCCAUGACUUUCCACUUCAGCUAUGAGAAUGUGCCAUUGCUGUUUUCUGGACUUACAAUCAAUUCUCCUGGAGAGAUGGCUGGUGCUUUUGUGGCUGUCUUCUUCCUGGCCAUGUUUUAUGAAGGCCUUAAGAUUGCCCGGGAGUGUCUGCUCCGUAAAUCCCAAGUGAGCAUCCGCUACAACUCCAUGCCAGUGCCAGGCCCCAACGGCACCAUCCUGAUGGAGACACACAAAACUGUUGGACAGCAGAUGCUGAGCUUCCCCCACCUCCUGCAGACUGUGCUGCACAUCAUCCAGGUGGUGGUCAGCUACUUCCUCAUGCUGAUCUUCAUGACCUACAACGGGUACCUCUGCAUCGCCGUGGCAGCGGGAGCUGGCACCGGCUACUUCUUCUUCAGCUGGAAAAAGGCAGUCGUGGUGGAUAUCACAGAGCACUGCCAUUAACACUGGGUGCUGCCCAGAGGCCUCUCCACCCCCCUGCUCCCUGGAAGCGCAGCCAUCCCAAGGACUGGAUCAUUCCUGAGCUGCAAGAGAAUCACGAUAAGGAAAACCCACCGCAGGUUCCUGGCUGGGGCGCAGGGAUGUGAGGAGCUGGGCUGUGCUGCUCCCCCUGACUCCUGAGAGUCCCUGGCAGCCAUUCUUGGCCAGGAUUUGCUUUAUUCUUAGAUUAUGCUGUGAUUGAGAUUAGUUGGCUGACAGAAAUGUAGAAAUUACUCUUUUAAAAAAGAAAACAAAACCGUUUUGGUUUGAAAUUGUAAACACUCAUCAGUGAGGGUUUGAUGAACAGCAGGAAAAGCUCAAAGUUGCCCAUAGAGCUCUAUCUGUGUGAAUGGCUGUUUUAAUUUUUUUUUUUUCAAUGUGUACAUAAUGCCAGGGGAGGGAUCACCCUGGCAUUGUGGCUUCUGGGGCCAAUGACACCUUCUGCUGCAGAAGGACUCAGCCUCUGAGGAAGAUUUGGUGCUGCACAUCAGACACUCAGGUGUGUCCUGGCAAGGGAGGACUUUGACCCGAGGAUGUGACCCGUGUGCUGCAGGGAGUGGAUGGACCUGCCCUCCAGGCUCACCAGAGGAUGAUGAGUGUUGUCAAUCUGAUGUAUCCAGCAGCUUUACUCAGCCUCCAGGGAGAACACUGGAGUUUGGCUGCCUUCCCUUCCCAAUCAUGGAAACACACGGAGCGGACGCAGGACAAGCUGUGUAUUUACAGGGCAAAAAAAUUUCUAAAUAAACCAUUGAACCUGCAGGUACUUCAUGUGGAACUGCACCAGGAUGGAUCCAGAGCUAGACUUUGGGGUUAUUAAAACUAGUUCUGUAAAUGAGGCAAGAGCUGAGUAACAAUUUCAUGACACUAAAGUUAAAAUGUCUGGAGAGGGAAUUCCUGGAUGGAGCUGAAGGGGUUAAACAGCCAUGUUCUUUUAAAGGAGAGAUUUGGGAAAGAGAAGGGAAACAGGACUACAGCAGCCUUCAGUCUCUUCUCAGGUGCAGUUUGGAGCAGCUUGGGCUGGUUAAAAGUAUUCCUGAGCUGGAUGACUCCUCCUGUCUUACCAAUCCCACUGUGCCCGUGCUGGGAGCUCUGCACAUCUCACAGGCAGGACGGGCUAUGAGAGGGGCAGAGGCAGCCCAGGGCAGGCUUUGGGGGUCAGCUGUGGGUCAGCACUUGGAUAUCAAGCUGCUGGUUGGUGUAGGGAAUGUGGUGCAAAGCUGGAGUCUUCACCCUCCCCAGGAUGCCCAGUUUGUGCCCAUAACUGGCUGAAAGGGAAAACAUUUGGAAUUUGAGAAGGGCACUGAGAACAGGCACCACUUUCAGAGCAGGACUGGUGUGUGUGCCAUGAGAACUGGGAAUCCCUCUGGGGUGACACAGGAGCAUUUUUAACUCUGGAGAUGCUGCUGGUGAUCGUUGGCAGGAGCUGUGUGAGGAAAAGGGAUCCUUGGAAUGGCUUUUUAGCCCAGGAGCCUUUCAGGGCAAGGCCAUCCCUGAGCAGAGCCCACCCUUUUGGGAAGGAAAUCCAUGACUGCUGCUGCCAGCACUGGAAUUGCACCUCCUAAAGUCAGCCCUCCUGGGUUGAUGUCAGAUGUUUAUUUGGACAUCCUGUUUUCUCUGGGCAGUGCAAAUAGAGAAUAAAAGGAGCUGAGUUAAAAGCAGGCUUAGGUUCCUGGUUUCUGGGUGAAAGAGGCAAAGUUCUCAUGGAAAAGUUCUGGCCACCUCCUGGUGAGAGACAGGAAAAAUGCUUCCCCAGCCUGGCCUUUGAAGGGAGUUGUGUCACUGAGAGGCUGCAAACCCACUGGUGCUCCCUCUCUGCUCCUGUCACAGGGACGUCUCUGCUCUCCCAGCAAUCGUGGCUCUCCAUGGGACUGGAAAAACUGCCCCUUCCCAUCCCUGAGAGAGCUGAGAGGAAAUCCAGGUGUUGGUCAGGGAAAACUGGAGCUGUUAAAUGCUGGAGAUGUGGGUGAUGAUGUGGAAGGUUUGCACUGUGGGCUCAACCCCUGAAGGAGCUCAGGGCCAGCGAUUCCAGCACUGUUCCCAUCGGUUUCUCUGGAAGGAGCUGGAGUUGGUGCCGUUACAGGAUGGCUGAGCACAGGGAAUAGCCAGGAGUGGCUUUGUGUGGUGACAAUAAUUACUUCAUAUACCUCUUGCUGUGUCUUUCUCUGAACCAGAACCUGCUUGGCCUGUCACCUUUCCCCACCUCUCCUGUGUCCAAGUGACCUGACUUGAAUUCUCUGAUUGAGCAGAGGUGGAUGACUUGGAGAUCAGGCUGUGGCUCUUCCAGUGUAAAUUUGGUUCUUGUUUGCUUUCCUGCCUCGUUCUAUGUGUAGCACCUGUGCCCUUGGAAUUGUUUCCCCCUAGAUGAGAACCUCUGCCCUCCGGGGCUCCUCUCCUGCCCCUGCUCGCCCCAGAGAGGACACAGCUUUGUCUGCUCUGACAUCACCCCCAGACAUCCUGCAUGUCUGUUGACACAAGAAUUGCAUGUCCUCAAUCUCCUAACCAUCAGAGCCCUCACCUCCCUGUUACUCCUUUAAGUUCAGGCAGCACAGAGGCUGAAUUUAAAUUUUUAUCUUAGGAAGCCUUACAGGGCAAAGCCAUCCCUGCUCCUGGGGGCUCCUUGGUGCUGGUGCUGCUCCCUGAGCACAGAACUCACCCUCUCCACCCUCUUGGGAAGGAAAUCCAUGACUGCUGCUGCCAGCACUGCAAUUGCACCUCCUAAAGCCAGCCCUCCUGGGUUGAUGCCAGCUGUUCAUUUAGACAUCCUGCUUUCUCUGGGCAGUGCAAAUAGAGAUUAAAAGGAGCUGAGUUAACAGCUUUUUGUGCCUAAAGAGCUAAAAUAAAAAAUCUCCUGUCACUGACCUCAGUGACAGUGCUCACCUGGGCAGGAGUCUCCCAGUGCCUCCCACAGCCUGUCUGGAGCUCUGGGAGCCCGGGAUGCCCCGGGAAGGUGUGGGGGGAAGUGGCUGUGCCCUCCCUGCUCAGGGGCUCACUGCCCAAGGCACAGCUGGGGAAGGGCCAUGCCCAGUCCGUGUCCCUGCCUGCUUGGGCUGCGCUUUCCUUAGGUCAGGGUGGCAAUCCAGAGGAGCCACCUCCCUGUGUCCCAGCCUCACCCUUCCCACCAGAUCCCCCUGGCUGUGUGUUCCCAGCCCUGUGCUUUGGCAGAGCCUGAGCAAAGCUUGACCUCCCUAGGGGUGGGCUCUGCUCUGGGGCAGCCCCAGCCCCUGUGCUGCCUGAAGUCAAGGUUGUCCUGUAACAGAGCGAGCUGAGGGCUCUAAUGGUUAUGACUUGAGGACAGGAAAUUCCUGUUGACACACACGGACCACCUUGGGCUGUGAUGUCCUCCUUGGGCUGUGAUGCCUCGUGCCUGUUGUGUCCCUGAUGUUUGGUCUCCAUGCUGUGCCUCUGGAUUAUCAUCCUGGAGGGAGCACAGAGUAUCCAGCUGUGUCCCUCAGCUGGCUUUUGUUGUUUUUCUUUCAGUGCCUUCUGAGUUUGUCUGGAGCCAGUCCCACCAAACCCAGCAGGAUUUCUAGUUUUGUUUACAGUGGACUGUCAGUUCUGGUUUUGCUCUCGCUCUUUGUGAGGUAACUCGUCUGAUGUUACUGUGAAUAUCAAGAAUUCCCUGUAUAUAAUUAACCAAUAAACUAGACUGCAUUUUACUGUG